CAUAACGGUUCCCUCGAGUUUAUUUGUAAAUCGUGAUUAACGGGUUCUAACUCGUGGGGAUAAGUCAAACACACCAAUACGCAGAAAUUCUUAACCGUAACUUCAAGCCACUUUAGAAAAAAGAACAAGAAAAAAAACAGUGUUUAAAAUCUUUCUUAUUAGCCAGCCAAUUAAGCAGUAAAAAUAUGUUCUACAAUUGAAAAUUUAAUCGGAUAUUUAUUUAUAUGAUGGAUAUCUUUAUAAUUUUAACAUGUUUGUUUUUUUUGGUAAAGUCGCAAAAUUUAGACUUAAAUGACACUAAAUUAGAUGACUCAAGCAAUAUUGUUUUAUCAAGAAGGAAAAGAUUCCUUGUGUUUCCAGAAGGGAGUUCAUUGCAACUCGUAUUUUGCACCACCUACCCCCUAAUAUCACCAAUAGGUGACAUCUUCCUUUGGGGUAACACUGCUGCCCUCGCCUACGAGUUACCCCAAGACCCUUACUCCCCCUUUAUGCAUCACGCCGACCCCCUCCACCGCAGGAUCGAUUCCAAAACAGAACCAACCAAGGCUAUCUACUACACAGACGAAGAUGGAAAAGUCCUCUUCAAAAGACCAUACAAAAGAAAAUUCGUCGUAAAUCCAGCAUUUGCAAAGCGGAGCCUUGACUAUACGACAGUGGACCAAUCCGAAACGCGAAUUCGAGGGAAAUUUGAAAUAGACAGAAAACAGAUGCACGCUUCGAAAAACAAACGCAAGUUUUUGAAAAGCGAACACAUGGACGAGCGCAGCGUGGAAUUUCACAGGAGUAGUCGCGGCGUUUUCUACCAGAAAAUAGAGACAAUGCUGCAAGGGCUUGGAGUGAACGGGCGGCAGUGCCUUCUGAAAACCCUUUGCCUGGUCGGACAGUCCCACUCGGAUCCCCAGGGAACUCUAUUGCAGGAGAUAUUAAGAGCUGUUUUCACGCUGCCGAAGUCGGACGAUAAAGACGAAUACUUCACCGAUUAUGAUAAAGCUUUGUCGGCAACAGAGUCAUGUGACAUACUGUACCCGGAAUGUGACCAGCCAUUAUCUGAACCUGGAUUUUUAACGCAGAGUUAUUGAUAUCGUUAUUUUUUCUUUCGCUUUUCAUUGUAUAUAAAAAUAUAUAGAUUUUAGUAUUACUUAU